ACCAAAUUGGAGCGGCCAAUGGAUACCGAGAGGUAUAUCGUUUUGUUGGAAUAAUUUUAUUCUAUCGGCGCGGCGCCACUCUUCUUAAAACUCUACUUCCAAAUCCAAACGCUCAAAAUAGGUUUACCAUUAACCAACCCCUGCUCGAUUCUUCUCCAACUUCCAAGUUUCAACUCAAUUCUGCUGCAACAACAAACAAGAUUCCCUUACUCCACUCAAUUUCCGCUGUAGAUCAUCGCAUUCCCCUUUCUUCGCGCCUUUCUCAAUGGCCUCCAAGUUCGGUUUGGCCGGCGGGUUGCCGGAGCGGCGUGUCCGUCCGAUAUGGGACGCUAUAGAUUCAAGGCAGUUUAAGAAUGCUCUCAAAGCUGUAACAACUCUUCUUUCUAAGUAUCCGAAUGCGCCUUACGCUCUGGCACUUAAAGCGAUGGUUUUGGAAAGAAUGGGAAAGGCCGAGGAAGCGUUAUCUGUCUGUUUAAGUGCCAAAGAGCUAUUGUAUACUAAUGAUUCUAUCCUGAUGGAUGAUCUUACUCUGAGCACGUUACAAAUUGUUUUCCAGCGACUUGACCACAUGGACUUGGCAACUAGCUGUUAUGAAUAUGCAUGUGGAAAAUUUCCAAAUCACCUUGACCUGAUGACGGGGCUUUUCAACUGCUAUCUUCGCGAGUAUUCGUUUGUUAAACAGCAGCAGACGGCCAUCAAGAUGUAUAAACUUGGAGGUGAAGAAAGAUUUUUGCUUUGGGCAGUUUGUAGCAUCCAAUUGCAGGUGCUUUGUGGUAAUGGUGGCGAAAAGCUGUUGUUAUUAGCUGAGGGUUUACUCAAAAAGCAUAUUGCCUCCCAUAGCUUACACGAACCUGAAGCUAUUAUGGUCUACAUUUCAAUAUUGGAACAACAAGCCAAGUAUGGAGAUGCCUUGGAAGUUCUCACUGGGAAAUUGGGUUCGUUAUUAACGGUUGAAGUUGAUAGACUUCGCAUACAGGGGAGGCUUCUUGCUCGGGCAGGUGAUUUUGCAGAUGCUGCCAAUAUAUUUCAAAAAAUCUUAGAGUUACGCCCUGAUGAUUGGGAGUGCUUCCUACACUAUCUCGGCUGUCUGCUGGAGGAUGAUAGUAACUGGUGCACUGAGCAGGGUGUCGAUUCAAUUCAUCCACCAAAAAAGGUGCUUUGCAAGAUUUCACCUUUGGCGGACGAAUUGUUUGACUCCCGUAUAUCAAUUGCAUCGGCUUUUAUACAAAGAUUACAAGAAGAUAGUAACAAUAAAUUAUUAAGGGGUCCAUUCUUGGCCAAUCUUGAAAUUGAACGGAGAAAGCACAUGCAUGGCAAGGGUGAUGAUGAAAAGUUCUUGGGGGCUCUUACUGAUUAUUAUGUCAGAUUUGGUCACCUAGCCUGCUUCCCUUCUGAUGUUGGAAUGUUCCUUGAGGUGUUGGCUCCUGAUAAGAAGACUGAAUUACUUGAGAAGUUAAAGAACAUCACUCCCUCCACGUCUAUCAUCUCAACUAAGGCUCUCGGGCAGUCAAUAACACUUUUAAAACUUCAAGUUCUGAGUGGAAAUAUGUUCCAUCUUCCAGUCUCUGAACUUGAGCGUUGUGUAGUACAGAUGGCAGAGAUCUACUGUGAAAACCUCCCACUUUCAAAAGAUUUAGAUCCUCAAGAAAGUAUGCAUGGGGAAGAGCUUUUAUCACUGAUAUGCAAUCUGCUGGUUGAGCUCUUUUGGCGUACACAAAAAUGUGGCUACAUUAUAGAGGCUAUUCUGGUGUUGGAGUGGGGCUUGACCAUCAGAAGAUAUGUUUGGCAGUACAAGAUCUUAUUGUUGCACGUGUAUUCCUAUUUAGGUGCCCUUUCGUCUGCUUUUGAAUGGUAUAAAUUGUUGGAUGUAAAAAAUAUUCUGGUGGAAACUGUUUCCCACCACAUGUUACCCCAAAUGUUAGCAUCUCCUCUUUGGGUAGAUCUAAGCAAUCUUUUGAAGGACUACUUGAAGUUUAUGGAUGACCACUUCAGGGAGUCUGCUGAGCUUACAUUUGUUGCGUAUCGCCAUAGAAGUUAUUCAAAAGUUAUUGAAUUUGUUCAAUUUAAAGAACGGUUGCAACACUCUAGUCAAUAUCUAGUUGCAAGAGUUGAAGAAGCAGUUUUACAGUUAAAGCAACAUGCACAUAGCAUUGAAGAAGAGGAGGCCACUCUUGAGAACCUGAAAUCCGGGAUUCACUUGGUUGAGCUUUCUAAGGAGAUCCCCUCUAAACCUCUGAAAUUCAAUGAAGAUUUUGAGUCUCGUCCGUGGUGGACUCCAACAUCAGAAAAAAACUAUCUCUUAGGUCCUUAUGAAGGAAUUUUCUAUUGUCCAAAAGAGAACUUGAACCGAAAUCUGGAAGUCGGUGUUAGGAGAAAUGUGGAGAGGAGAUCCCUUCUUCCUCGCUUGCUUUACCUUUCUAUUCAGAGUGUUUCAACCUCAAUCAAGGAGAACUUUGAGAUCGAUGGUUCCCUAUCUGAUCUUAAAAUCUCCACUGAGCUAAAACUUCUGCUUGAGAGCUAUGCAAAAAUGUUGGAUUCUACUUUUGAGGAUGCAGUUGAACUGGUUACAGCAGUUUCCAACGGACUAAGUUCCUACAAGGAUUUUGGCCACAAUUUGGUUGAAUGGUUUAAUUUUGCUGUGUUUCUAAAUGCAUGGACCUUGUGUUCUGAUGAGCUAGGAGGAAAAAACGCUGAUGGAUAUCAGUCUCGUACCUGGCAUAUUGUCAAUUCUCUUCUGGAAAAGUACAUCUCGGAAGCAGUUGGAUCCUUGGAAUCCAUAAUCUUCACUCCUUACGACAAUAGUAUGCGCACCCUUGUGCAGGUGGUCUCGGAGCCAUUAGCUUGGCAUGGCCUUGUACUCCAGGCCUGCGUUCGAUCUUCUCUUCCAUCUGGUAAAAGAAAGAAGAAAACAGGAUCAGCUGCUGAGCUAUUCUCUUCUCCUCUAUUUCUCGCAGUACGGGAUUCGACACAAUCUUUGUGUACUACUCUAGAGGUCUUGCUGGAGUGGUUAAAAGGGCUUGUCAACCAAUCGGAGGAAGGUAAAUUAGAAGCCAUACUUUCAUCAAUUCAAAACAAUGGAAAAAAUGAUGGGCCUGGACAAGUUUUCCGCACGCUCGAAAAUUUGACAUCGUCCAUGAACAGUACAGAACUUGGUCAUAGGAUUACCGAAACAUUGAAGUCUUGGAAUACUGUAGACGUUGCAAGGAAGCUAAUUACGGGAAAACAUGUAAUGUUAAAUGAGUUUAUAAAAAUUUGUGAAUCAAAAUUCAAAUCACUUCAGAAAUUGAAACAACAAAUAUCUCAAGUCUGAAGGUGGUGACCAUUUCCGAUCAAUGCCACAUCUCUCUGGUUGCAUUCAGCCAAAAUUUUCGUCCCCGGAAGAAUAUUGAACGAUGAGUUGAAUUAUGUUUUCCAUUCAAGAUUUUGCUCAGCAACAACAAGCAGGUGGUUGAUGUAAUUGACUGCUGGUACAAAGAAUUUCUGUCGAUCAUCCAGUUUGAUAGGAGCUGAAACCAAAUAAACAAUUUUUUCUUGCUUUAUAUUUGAGGGGAGUUUUAGAUUUGAUUGAUAGCUUUUUGGUACAGAUUUUGAGAUUCGAAGCUUAAUUUUGUAAGUUUCAAUUUGUUUGUCAAUUGGUUUUGGUUUCAGCUCGUAAGAGAUCGGAAGCAGGAUAUCCGUUACUAAUUUUGUAUAGAAAAAGAUUGCAAAAUGCCAAUGACUGGACUGAGCAAAGGUUAUUAUCUGAAUUCCUAAAAUUAUAUUUUAGUUCUUAAUAUUACCAAA